CAUGUGCGUGUGACGGCGGUGUCUGUGCGUGUGUCUGUCCGCUGUGUGGUGGCCACACAUCUGUGUGUGUGCGUGCGAGUGUGUGUGACGGCACAUGUCUGUGCGUGUGCGUGCCUGCCCGUGACGGCGGUGUCUGUUGCAGGCCUCCCGGAGCAGUACUACAGCCUCACCUGGUUCCUGAGCCCCAUCCUCGGCCUCAUCUUCACGCCUCUCAUCGGCUCCGCGAGUGACCGGUGCACCCUGAGCUGGGGCCGGCGGCGGCCGUUCAUCCUCGCCCUGUGUGUGGGUGUGCUUUUCGGGGUGGCCCUCUUCCUCAACGGCUCUGCCAUCGGCCUGGUCCUCGGGGACGUGCCUGGCCAGCAGCCCAUCGGCAUCGUGCUCACAGUGCUGGGCGUGGUCGUCCUGGACUUCAGCGCCGAUGCGACCGAGGGGCCCAUCCGCGCCUACCUGCUGGACGUGGUGGACAGCGAGGAUCAGGACAUGGCCCUCAACAUCCACGCCUUCUCUGCCGGCCUCGGCGGGGCCAUCGGCUACGUGCUCGGGGGGCUGGACUGGACACAGACCUUCUUGGGCUCCUGGUUCCGGACGCAGAACCAGGUGCUGUUCUUCUUCGCGGCCGUGGUGUUCACGGCGUCGGUGGCCCUGCACCUGUUCAGCAUCGAGGAGGAGCAGUACUGCCCCCAGCAGGAGCGUGCCGAGGCCGCCCCGCCCGCCCCGCCCAGCCUCCUGGACGGCGGCCUGUUCCCCGACGAGGUGCAGUCGGAGCAGGAGCUGGCGCUGGACUACCUGGGCGUGGAGCUGGUGCGGAGCAAGAGCGACUCGGUGCUGCACGUGCCGGACGCGACGCUGGACCUGGAGCCUGAGCUGCUGUUCCUGCGCGGCAUCGAGCCCUCCAUCUUCCACGACGCCUCGGGCCCCGGCACGCCCCACAGCGCCAGCCAGGACCUGGGCCCCGCCCUGCCGCCCCGCCUGUCCUCGCUGCUCGGGGACACCACCAAAGAGGACGCCGUGCUGCUGGACAAUCACAUGCACGAGGCCAAAGUCCCCAACGGCAGCGGCUCUCCCCCGAGGGACGGCCCACCCGGCUACAGCGCCGGGGACCCAAAGCCCUCGACCGCGUCCAGCGCCCUACGGCGGCGCAGGCACGGCUUCCGCCGCCAGGCCUCCAGCACCUUCUCCUACUACGGCAAGAUCGGCUCCCACCGCUACCGCUACCGGCGCGCCAACGCCGUGGUCCUGAUCAAGCCCUCGCGCAGCAUGAGCGACCUGUACGACCUGCAGAAGCGGCAGCGGCAGCGCAGCCGGCACCGCAACCAGAGCGGGGCCACCACCUCCAGCGGCGACACGGAGAGCGAGGAGGGCGAGGGCGAGACCACGGUGCGGCUGCUGUGGCUGUCCAUGCUGAAGAUGCCGCGAGAGCUGACGCGGCUCUGCCUCUGCCACCUGCUCACC